AUGGAGGACGCCUACGCCAGAUCCGCCACCGAGGUGUUGGAUUUCUUUGGCGUGGACCCGAAGAGAGGUCUCAGUGACGCUCAGGUUUCGGAACAUGCUAGACUUUAUGGUCGAAACGUGCUUCCGGAAGAGAAAAGGGCUUCGUUCUGGAAACUUGUCCUGAAACAGUUCGAUGAUUUGCUUGUUAAGAUAUUGAUUGUCGCAGCAAUCAUUUCAUUUGUUCUGGCUUUGAUAAAUGGAGAUACUGGCUUGACAGCAUUCUUGGAACCUUCUGUUAUCCUAACGAUAUUGGCGGCAAAUGCUGCAGUAGGAGUGAUUACAGAAACUAAUGCAGAAAAGGCUCUUGAGGAGCUACGCGCAUACCAAGCUGAUAAUGCAACUGUUCUGCGCAAUGGUUGCUUCUCCAUACUUCCAGCAACAGAGCUUGUCCCUGGGGACAUCGUUGAAGUUGCUGUGGGAUGCAAAAUUCCAGCCGAUAUGAGAAUGAUUGAGAUGCUCAGUAAUCAGUUACGCGUUGAUCAGGCAAUUCUUACAGGUGAGAGUUGCUCUGUGGAGAAAGAUCUUGAAUCCACCACUGCGACAAAUGCUGUAUAUCAAGACAAGACAAAUAUUCUUUUCUCGGGUACGGUAGUUGUGGCUGGUAGGGCUAGAGCUGUUGUAGUAGGAGUUGGAAGUCAGACUGCUAUGGGCGGCAUACGAGACUCAAUGUUGCAAACAGAAGAUGAAGUAACACCAUUGAAAAAGAAGCUGGACGAAUUUGGUACCUUUUUGGCCAAGGUUAUUGCUGGCAUAUGUGUACUCGUAUGGAUUGUAAAUAUAGGUCACUUUCGUGACCCUGCUCAUGGUGGAUUCUUGCGUGGUGCAAUUCAUUACUUUAAGAUUGCAGUUGCACUUGCAGUUGCAGCAAUCCCUGAAGGCCUUCCAGCUGUUGUUACAACUUGUUUGGCUCUUGGGACAAAACGAAUGGCUCGGUUGAAUGCCAUUGUAAGGUCGUUGCCAUCAGUUGAGACUUUAGGCUGCACUACAGUAAUUUGCAGUGACAAAACUGGGACUCUGACUACCAAUAUGAUGUCUGCCUCUAAGGUUUGUGUGCUUCACACUGUACAGCACACUCCUGUUAUCUCAGAAUACAGUGUCAGCGGAACUACAUUUGCACCUGAAGGCACUAUUUUUGACAGUACUGGCAAUCAGCUUGAAUGUCCAGCUCAGUCACCUUGUCUUCUUCAUAUAGCAAUGUCUUCAGCACUUUGCAAUGAAUCUGUCUUGCAAUAUAAUCCAGACAAGGGGAGCUAUGAAAAAAUUGGCGAGUCAACUGAAGUAGCCCUCCGUGUCCUUGCAGAGAAGAUUGGUCUUCCUGGCUAUGAUUCUAUGCCAUCUUCUCUGAAUUUGUUAAGCAAGCAUGAACGUGCAUCUUACUGUAACCACUAUUGGGAGAAUCAUUUUAAAAAGAUUUCUGUUGCAGAUUUUACUCGUGAUCGGAAAAUGAUGAGUGUCCUUUGUAGCCGAAAUCAAUUGCAGAUUAUGUUCUGCAAAGGUGCUCCAGAGAGCAUUAUUUCUAGAUGCACAAAUAUUCUGUGCAAUGAUGAUGGCUCCACUAUACCAUUAACUGCUAAUAUCCGAGCUGAGUUGGAAUCAAGGUUUCACAGUUUUGCAGGAAAAGAAACCUUAAGAUGUUUGGCUCUUGCUUUCAAGCGGAUGCCCAUGGAUGUACCGACUCUCUCCCACAAUGAUGAGAAGGAUCUUACAUUCAUUGGGUUGGUUGGAAUGCUUGAUCCACCAAGAGAGGAAGUGAAAAAUGCUAUGCUUUCAUGCAUGACUGCUGGCAUACGCGUUAUUGUUGUCACUGGGGAUAACAAAUCCACAGCUGAAUCCCUCUGCCGCAAGAUAGGUGCUUUUGAUCACUUUGAAGAUCUUUCAGGGCACUCUUUCACCGCAACUGAGUUUGAAGAAUUACCAGCUUUGCAGAAAACGAUAGCAUUGCAACGGAUGGCAUUAUUCACCAGGGUCGAGCCUUCUCAUAAAAGGAUGCUGGUUGAGGCCUUACAACGCCAGAAUGAAGUGGUUGCAAUGACUGGUGAUGGUGUUAAUGAUGCACCUGCACUAAAAAAGGCAGAUAUUGGAAUUGCCAUGGGUUCAGGAACAGCAGUUGCCAAGAGUGCUUCAGAUAUGGUUUUGGCUGAUGACAAUUUUGCCACAAUUGUUGCGGCUGUUGCAGAGGGAAGGGCGAUUUACAAUAACACGAAGCAAUUCAUCAGAUAUAUGAUCUCUUCAAAUAUUGGUGAAGUUGUGUGUAUAUUUGUGGCAGCUGUACUUGGAAUACCUGAUACACUGGCCCCUGUCCAGCUGCUCUGGGUCAACUUAGUUACUGAUGGGUUACCUGCCACAGCUAUUGGUUUUAAUAAGCAAGAUUCUGAUGUGAUGAAGGCUAAACCUCGAAAGGUUAACGAAGCAGUUGUUACUGGAUGGUUGUUUUUUCGUUAUUUGGUGAUUGGAGCUUAUGUUGGGCUUGCCACAGUUGCGGGAUUUAUUUGGUGGUUUCUUUACUCUGACACUGGUCCUAAACUGCCAUAUACUGAACUGAUUAAUUUUGACACAUGCGGAACAAGGGACACAACUUAUCCAUGCAGUAUAUUUAGUGAUCGCCAUCCAUCAACUGUCUCCAUGACCGUUCUUGUGGUUGUUGAAAUGUUCAACGCAUUGAAUAAUCUCAGUGAAAACCAAUCGCUUCUUGUCAUCCCUCCCUGGAGUAACUUAUGGCUUGUUGGUUCAAUCAUUAUAACAAUGAUCCUUCACGUAUUAAUAUUAUAUGUGCCUCCCCUCUCGGUUCUUUUCUCUGUAACACCCUUAUCUUGGGCUGAGUGGACUGUUGUGCUAUACCUUUCAUUUCCAGUUAUAAUCAUCGAUGAAGUGCUAAAGUUCUUCUCAAGAAGUACCACGGGUCUAAGAUUAAAUUUCCUGUUAAGGAGGCAUGAUCUACUGCCAAGAAAGGAAUUGCGUGAUAAGUAGAUGGAGCUUUUUGUGACCCAAGUUUUGCAUACACCUACUAUACUGGAGGAAUACGAUUCCCGUCUCCUUCGACAGAUAGAAGAACCACACAGUUGUUAUGGUGACUCACAAAAUCAUAUGCUUUCUCAAGAUAAGAAGAGUAACUAGUCUUCUGUAUCAGAUAUUGUAAUGAUAUAAGCACUCACACUCUUUCGAAAUCUAUGUUGCAAACAGAUGACUGGCCGAAAAAUCAUUAGCAAAUCAGCAAAGUUGGUUUCGUAGCAAAUCGUUGUAUGGACUCAUUGUCAUUCUCCACUUUCUGGACUUUCAGUUACUUGCCAUGGUAGUAAAGAGAAGCCCAGUCAAUUAGAUC